UGGGGGAAUUCCAAUUCCUUUAUGCAAAGUAAAUGGUGACUCUGAAUUGAGAAUCUUUGUUAACUUCCUUUUGACAGAGAGAUAAAGAGAAGAUUUCGACAAAAGGGUCUCCGGUCUGACCGAAGAAGAUGGUGGAAGAUUUCAUCACGAGAUCGUUACUGAUGAUCCUGGGGUACGCUUACCCGGCAUUUCAGUGCUUCAAGACGAUGGAGAAAAGCAGAGCCCACAACGACGAACUCCGCUUCUGGUGUCAAUACUGGAUAAUUAUGGCAAUUCUGACGAUAUUGGAGAGAAUCGCCGACGCGGUAGUCUCCUGGGUGCCGAUGUAUGGCGAGCUCAAGCUGGCAUUUAUCAUCUACUUGUGGUAUCCGAAAACUAAGGGAAGCGGCUUUAUCUACGAAAGGCUGCUGCGCCCAUUUCUGACGGACCAUGAGACGGACUUUGAGACGAAGUUGACGCAGUGGCGAGCCAAAGCCUGGGAUUUGGCCAUCUUCUAUUGGCAGAACUGCUCGGAGUUGGGUCAGCAGUCAUUCUUCCAAGUCCUCGAGUACAUGGCUGGUCAGUCUAGCAAGAAAACAGAAUCCAUCACCAAGAAGAACAAGAAGAACCCACCCGUACCGCCGCCAAACGACACCCCCACUUUCUUCAGGCCAGGGAAGACCAAGAAGAAUGUGUACGAGGCACCGAGAUCAAACAUUGUUCAAGAACAGCUCGAUGCCAGAACAGAGUACAUGCACAUUAUUGACGACAAUAUGCCAGAAGAACCGGAAUCUCAUCUCGGCAGCAAGCUCCACUUGCCUCACCUUCAUCAUAGGCGCUGAGAGCCACACCAUUGCAGAAUACAAAUCACUGUAAAAAAACCACAAUUUGAAACACCUUUUUCUUGUAUUCCUUAGUGUCAAAAUUCUUGGAUGUUGUUCCUUCAUUAGUGUGAGAUAGUUUUAUGUAUCUUUCAAUGCUUGUAUCAAGUAAAAAUACUACAGUUUGAAGUUUUAGUCACCAA